AUGCCGUCCGAGUUGGUCGUCCUGCCGCCCUCGUCGCCCCUCAUGAUUUCCGCCAUCCCUCCCCCCCGACCCGUUUCUGUAAAUUCGCUGGCGAGAGCCUCUGUCUCGUCAUCGAUCCCAUAUGCCAAAUCAACUCGAAGUACGAGCGCAGAGUUCCAGCUGCCCGAUGGCCCCAUCGCCCCUCCCGCAGUGCCUGGCCAGCUGGCCUGCCAGUCCCCUGUGGAUACCGAUAUGGAAGAUGUGGAGAUCAUUGUGGAUGCACCACGUCCCCUCCGGCCCGAAUUGCAGUUUCAAAACCUCCCUGUCGAAAUCCACGAAGUCAUCCUUGAUUACCUCUUCGGCGAACGAGCGGCAGCUUUCACAACGACCGGUCCCGGGAAAUCACCCGGUCGAAGUUGGAAUAAAUCUCUCCGUCACCCGCGACGGAAAGUUUUGUCGAAUCUCGCGUUAAUCUCGCCGGUGUGGAGAUCGUUAGUGCAGGACCGGAUCUACAGACAUAUCAAAAUCAAAGGCACGACCGAGGAGCUAUCCGAAUCGGCACGUUGGUUUCGAGCGCAUCCCCAUCUAGCCAGCUAUGUCCGCCAUGUCGAGAUAUGGAUCCCGGUAUGGGGUAAGCGAGCCAUCAAGAAUAGCUCUCAAAUUCCCGCCCGGCGAUACAAUGAUGAAGAUGUGGAUGGAGCCGUCGCGCACACGACCAUGGUAUGGGACGAUUCCGACACCAACCAUGGAAACGACUACAAAUACCACUACGCGAGUCAUAAUGCCACGCUAGAGGAGAUCUUUUUUCACGUCCAGUCAUGCUUUCCGGAGGCACGCAUUUUGACCCUCGAAGGAGGCCACUGCAAGAAGCCGCCGAUGGUACGCCACUUCAGGAAUGAUCCGUGUGGAUUCUCCGGCCAGCAACUGCCGACACUACCGGAGAUUCGCUCGUUUGUCAUGCGCGGAGCUUGGAACAUUAUGCGCCAUCACCGUCAUUGGCGCAACUUGUCCGAAGCGCUGCCGGGUUUGCAAGAGUGGCAUUGUGCGUACGCGAAACCCAAGGUCGAAGGGUACCAUACCAUUGCAGAAAUCCUACGACGACUGUCACCCUCCAUUGUACACCUUAAUAUUAGCCUGGAGGGAUUCUACAGCAAGGACAGCACGCAGACCAGCUGGCUGGGCGACGGAGUUAACCCUCCGCAUCUAUGUCGCUUGCUCGGAGAUGUCAUACCACACCUGGAAUCCCUCGCGUUCACCGGCAAGGUCUGCGCGUGUCUGUUCCAGCCUACGCGAAACUCUUUGUCGGCCUGGCCACCCAAGUCUUCGAAAUUGAGAUCACUAGACCUGGUAGUCAAGAAUUGCUGCCGUGACAAGCGGACCAGCCCCGGACUGCCAUUCCUGGAUGACUUUUCACGUAUCACCAACCUCCACUUUAUUCGGGCGUUCGAGCGAUUGAUCACCGGCGCGGUACAUAGUCUCAAUACCCACCAAGUACUAAAUUACAUGCGGAUUCGGUUCAUCGAUCUGGACUCGGCCUGCCCGCCUCUCAACCCGUAUUUCCAGCUCAUUGACGACGAAUGCUCGGGUCUCUGGAGCGAGCGGAUCCUCGACAUGCUGCAUGAGGCCCGACCGCAGGCGCAUUUCAUCGAGUUGUCCGAAGGGAUUUACCCGCAGUAUGGACCCAAUCAUCAAAUCGUUGGGGCCGUAUACCCACGGACCCGACCUUUAAGCAUCCACGCCGCGACCUACAAAAUCAUCGCGGACGUGUCCAAAUCCUGA